UCAAGGUCAGCUCCAUUUGCCGAUGAGAUUAACACCACAAAUACCAACCAAGUCCAAAGUUGCUCCUCCCCAACUCCUUUGAUGCUGUCUGAGUCCACCAUGGGAGAUCCUCCACGUUUUCUCUCAAGUUUCUUCGGUGUGUUUAAGAAAGGAAAAAGUAAUGGAAAAAAGCAGACUAGAUUCCAAAAUCCAGUGGCUCUUCCUGAAGAAAUACACCACCAAUUUUCUUUACCCCAGAUCAAGGCUGCAACUAACAAUUUUCACCGAGAUCUGAUUCUCGGUGAAGGUGGUUUUGGAACUGUGUACAAAGGGUUUUUCAAUGACGGGAAGUCGGCUGUCGUCAAACGAGGGAAACUGGAAUCAGAACCAGGUGCAAGUUAUAAAGAGUUCCGAACUGAACUGCUGAUGCUCUGCCAGCUGCGCCACCAACAUCUGGUACCUCUUAUAGGGUUCUGCUUUGAGAUGGGCGAGAUGAUCCUCGUGUACGAAUACAUGGGAGAUAUGAGAAACGGAACACUGCCCGAUCGUCUUUAUGGUUCUGGAUAUGAUCCUCUUCCAUGGAAGCAGAGGCUGGAGAUAUGCAUCGGAGCAGCUCGCGGAUUGCAUUACCUUCACACUGGAGCAAAGCGAGCCAUAGUUCACGGUAACGUUAAGAGCGGAAACAUUCUUUUGGAUAAAAAAUGGGGUUGCAAGCUUUCCGAUUUCCGGACUUCCAAACUGCGUCCCCGUCGCAGUUGCAAGCCGAAAGCUUCGGAAAGAAUAGAUCCAUUAGUGCAGAGUAAUUUAGCGUAUUUGGAUCCCGAGUAUUUAGAAACAGCGCAACUGGAGGAAAAAUGCGACGUGUACUCAUUUGGGGUUGUUUUGUUUGAAGUUUUGUGUGCUAGAAGGCCAUUUGUGGAGCAUGAUGGGGAGAUGAAGACGACGACUCUAGUUGAUUUGGCAUGUAAGUCGAUUAAAGGAGGAACCAUUUAUGAUAUGAUUGAUCCAUAUUUGAAGGGGAGGAUUGCACCGGAGUGCUUCAAGUUGUUCGUGGACAUCGCCGGUUCCUGUACUCGUGUGGUUGGAGAUUAACGGCCGGAGAUGGGUGAAGUGGAGGUGAUGCUGGAACGCGCUUUGGAACUGCAACAGAAAGCAGAUUCCGAUCCGGUGCAUAUGACUAACUAAUAAAAAUAGAUGU